GUUGACCGCUACAAGUCCCCACUUGUACCGCGCGUCCCACUUGCGACGAUGAACGGGCCCUGAUCUCUCGGUACAUCACGAAUCGCAUUUUGAAUUGUCGAGUCCGACGGCUCUGAUGUGUGGCACACUGGAGGCGCCGUGAACCCGAAUUAACCCAUCCCAACCCCUCCUCCUAACCGCGGUUAAUCUGAUCUUCCCUCUAUCCCCCUUUUGAACUCCUCUCUCUCUCUCUGUUCUAGGGUUGAGUCUCGUCGCGCUUUUACUUUUUCUCUCUCUCUCGAUUCGUUGUUAAGCGUCGCCUAUCCUUGUUCUCUGUUCUAGGGUUGAGUCCCGUCUCUCUCUUUCUUUUUUUCUCUCUCGAGUCGUUGUUACGCGUCACCUAUCCUUUUUGGUACGUGUAAGUCGAACUUUGAUUGUCUCACACUUUAAUUUGCCUCCUUCUCAAACUCUAUCUUUUGUGGCUAUAAAUGAAGAAAGGAAAGAAUCCAAGUCCAUUCUGGUUUGAGAGGAUGUCGAUCUGCUGCAGUCGGAGGCGAGGGCCGUUGUCGGCGGUGAUUUAGGGUUUCUUUUCAGGUGUCGAUUGGGCGAAUUGCGAUGAAGGGAGGCGAGCAGGAUUCCGCCGGCGUUCCGCUUCCCAGCGGCCGGAGGACCUUUUGGAGGUCGGCUUCUUGGUCUGCUUCCCGGACGUCUGUUCUGGACCACUCCAGAGACUGUGCUUCUGAAGAGAAGAACACGAGCAAUGGCCAGCUACAGCACCGACCUGGGCCUCUUCUUACCCCUAGGUCUCAGAGCCAGAAGGCACGGUCUUGUCUUCCACCUCUCCAACCGCUCGCCAUCGCCCGCCGAAGCUUGGAUGAGUGGCCGAAGGCGGGGUCCGAUGAUAUUGGGGAGUGGCCACAGGCCUCCACCCCAGGUGCAAAGGCUGACGUUUGCAAGCUGGGUGACGGCCUAAGGUUAGAUCUUUCUUCACUGAGAUCCCAAGGUAAGAGAGAUCAAAUUGCGUUCUUUGACAAGGAGUGUUCCAAGGUCGCAAAUCACAUCUAUCUUGGAGGAGAUUAUGUUGCUAGGAACCGAGAAAUCCUCCGCCAGCAUGGGAUUACCCAUGUCCUGAAUUGUGUUGGCUUCGUUUGCCCGGAGUACUUCAAGUCAGAUCUUGUUUACAAGACCCUUUGGUUGCAGGAUAGCCCGACAGAGGACAUCACGAGUAUAUUGUAUGAUGUGUUUGAUUACUUUGAGGAUGUUCGGCAGCAGGAAGGGAGAGUGUUUGUCCACUGCUGCCAGGGUGUGUCAAGGUCGACCUCUCUGGUCAUAGCUUACCUGAUGUGGAGGGAAGGGCAGAGCUUUGAUGAUGCCUUCCAGUUUGUAAAGGCAGCAAGAGGAAUAGCUAAUCCCAACAUGGGUUUUGCCUGUCAACUGUUACAGUGCCAGAAGAGGGUGCAUGCGAUCCCGCCAAGCCCCAGGUCAUUGCAUGGGAUGUACCGAAUGGCACCUCACUCACCUUAUGAUCCUUUGCACCUUGUCCCCAAGAUGUUAAAUGAUCCUUCACCAUCUGCACUGGAUUCAAGGGGUGCAUUUAUAAUUCAUGUUCUCUCAUCAAUUUAUGUGUGGAUUGGUAAUAAUUGUGAGUCUGUUAUGGAGAAGGAUGCAAAAGCUGCUGCCUUUCAGGUGGUAAGGUAUGAGCAAGUGCAGGGGCCAAUCGUGAUGAUUGAAGAAGGGAAAGAGCCCUUAGAUUUUUGGGAAAACUUCCUGAAUGCACUGUCUUUGUAUGAUGGCACAAAGAUUGAGAAGGAACAAGUUGAAGCAGCUAGGUUUGUUGUAGGUAAAAGGAGAGUGGAAGCCUAUGAUGUGGAUUUUGAGCUCUUCUACAAAGCUCUUAGUGGAGGUAUUGUGCCACCAUUUGCUUCUUCAGGACACGAAUGUGAAACACACCUUCCAGCAAGAGAAAGUAGUUGGAGUGUGUUGAGGCAAAGGUUUGUAUCAGUAACCACUGGUAGAUUUUUUUCAGAUACAGCAUUGGUGAGAGAUAUCGAUACUUUCUCUGGUAGGAUGCAGGUAUUGAAUGCAGAGACAUCAAAUUCCCUGUCAUAUCCUUCUCCCAGUAGUCUUUCUUCUCCUGAUUUAAGCAUUUGUUCAAAUUCUAGUUUGGAGUCACCUUCAGUCUCUCUUUCAACAUGCUUCUCUCCUCUCAUGUUACCACCUGCAUCACAUAACAUGCGCAACUCUUUGCCACAAUCAACUGGACCUUCUCAAAAGAUUUCUGACACAGUUGACUCAUUGAAAUCAUCUGUUAGAACAAUUCGUUCUCCAUCCAAGGGGCUAGCAAAAUCUAUUGCUGAAAGAAGGGGAGGUUUUUCAUCUUUCAAACUGCCAACACUUUCCAAAGAUGCUUCACUAAUGUGUCAGAAGGCACUAAAUGCAUCUUCUGCUUGCCAAAUUACACAUGAAGUCCUAGAUAAACUUAAUAUUGAUGAAAAUCAAAAUCAUAAUGUUUUAGGCUGUGCAAAUAGUGUGGGUUUAGAAUCAGGUGUUAAGUGCUUAGCUGAAAAUGCUAUUAGUAGUUCUGAGAACUAUGAAAAUGUAAAGAGAAUUUUUCUAUGGAAGGAUGACCAAUUAUUCCAUGGUUCAAGUGGUCUUGUUGAUGGUAGAUUGGAGAAGCCAAAUCCUGAACUACCCCUUGUAUACCGCUGGCCAAGUAUGGAAAAGCUAGCAACAAUUUCCAAAGAGGAUCUUGAUUCCAGAGAUGUGUUUCUUUUCUUAAUUGAUAGUGCUAAUAGAAGUGGAGAGGCAGGUGGUUAUGUACUAUAUUUGUGGAUAGGGAGUGAAUUUGAACAGGCUGAUGGAAAAACUCAACCAAAGGGCAGCAGAGACAAACAAAUUGUUUCAAUCAAUUGGCACAAAAUUGGAUGUGAUUUCCUUGAUUCAGUUGGUCUUCCAAAGGAUCUCCCAGUUAAGGUUGUCGAGGAAGAUGAAACAGCGAAGCUCCUGGAACUGCUGAAUUCUUCUUAAGCUUGUCUCGGCAAUAAAAUGUUUUAGUGCCUAACAACGCGACCUUGCUCUGGUGCAUUUUCCUUGCAAACUACGCCCAAUGGAGUUCAUUUUGCAUGAACGGCAAUAGCAAUGCCUGGUAGCUAUCAGCGAGGAGACUGCCCAAACUUCAUCUGUUUGGAGUGCAGGUUCUGGCACACUUGGAUGUAUAUUGCCUGCUCCCCUGUAAGCUCAAACAUUGGGAACAAAGAAUGAAAGCUUUGAUUUUUUAGGACCCACCCAUUUCUUAGUCUUUUAUGCUUCCUUGCACAAUUUAUGAACCAAAUUCUACAUCUUUAUGGGUCAACUCAUCUCUUUUGCCAUCUCCUUAUGCUAAUGUGUUGUUUCUCGAGUUGUGCAAACUAUGAGCUCCAUGGAUAGAGAGUCGUUCUUAAAUUUUUUGUUUUAUUGACAUCUCAGUCGCGGUUCCUGCGAGUGAAUUGAUGAUCAUCGGAACCUUCUAUCGAUGUAUUGAGCUGCUAUGAAUUCAAUCAAGUAUUCAGUGUCGAUCA